AUGCAACUUCCACUCUCUGCCUUUUAUUUAUUCAAUACAACCAUUCCAACCCUAGGCAUCCCUCCUUACUUACAAAGUCUUCUUCUGCAACAGCCGGUCGAAUCUCCUGAAGCAAUCUACAAACGGCAAGCGGCCCAACCUUUCAACAAUGAUUACGAUGGCCCUCUCUGGACUUCACCGCCAAGUUAUCCAUCUCCAUGGGGCUCUGGCCUGGGAGACUGGGGUGCUGCUUACGAGAAGGCCCACGCUUUCGUCAGUCAAUUGACAUUGCUCGAGAAAGUCAAUCUCACCACAGGUGUCGGCUGGGAGUCUGACCGAUGUGUCGGCAACGUCGGCGCAAUUCCACGGCUAGGCUUUCCAAGCCUGUGUAUGCAAGAUUCGCCCUUGGGGGUCAGACUCGCUGAUUAUGUUUCUGCCUUUCCUGGAGGUGUCAAUGUUGCUGCCACUUGGGACCGAAAUCUUGCUUAUCUUCGUGGCCAAGCUAUUGGUGAAGAGCAUAGAUCGAAAGGUGUUGAUGCUGUAUUGGGCCCUGUUUGUGGACCUCUUGGUCGUUCUCCUGAAGGUGGUAGGAAUUGGGAAGGUUUCAGUCCCGACCCAUAUCUCACAGGUGCUCUGAUUGCUCCGACCAUCGAAGGCAUUCAAAGUGCUGGGGUCAUAGCCACCACAAAGCACUACAUCGCCAACGAACAGGAGCAUUUCCGUCAAGUCGGUGAAUCGAUCAGCUAUGGCUUCAACAUCACUGCAACUUUGAGCUCCAACAUCGACGACAAGACGAUGCACGAGAUCUAUCUUUGGCCAUUUGCUGAUGCUGUUCGUGCAGGUACUGGGUCGAUCAUGUGUUCAUACCAACAGAUCAACAACUCAUACGGCUGUGCUAAUUCAUACACCUUGAAUCAUCUCCUCAAGAACGAACUGGGAUUCCAGGGCUUUGUCAUGUCCGAUUGGCAAGCUCAACAUUCUGGCGUCGGGACCGCCUUCGCGGGUCUUGACAUGUCGAUGCCUGGUGACACUGUCUUCAAUUCCGGUUACACCUUUUGGGGAACGAAUCUCACGGUCGCCGUUCUCAACGGAACCGUUCCUGAGUGGCGUGUCGAUGAUAUGGCUGUCAGAAUUAUGGCAGCUUACUAUUAUGUGGGACGCGACCAGAACUAUGUCCCCACAAAUUUCUAUGCCUGGAGUCAAGAUACCUAUGACCAUAUUCACGCCGCAGACGUGAACUCUCCUGUCGGCCUUGUCAACGAACAUGUCAACGCUCGUGCUGAACAUGCACGCGUCAUUCGUGAAGUGGGAGCCAAAUCAAAUGUUCUCCUGAAGAACACCGGUAGUCUCCCCCUCAGUGGUAAGGAGAAGCAGGUUGGCAUCUUUGGCUACGAUGCAGGCAGCAAUCCAUGGGGAGCAAAUGGAUGUCCUAACAGGAACUGCAACAACGGAACUUUGGCCAUGGGUUAUGGUAGCGGUACCGCCGAGUUCCCAUACCUUGUCACCCCGGAACAGGCAAUUCAACAGUACGUCUUGACGCAAACAGAUGGCGAGGUCUUUGCCAUCCUCGACAACUACGCCGACAGCCAGGUCAAGAAUGUCGCAUCUCAAUCGGAUGUCGCAAUCGUGUUUGCCAACGCUCAAUCAGGUGAAGGAUUCAUCACCAUAGAUGGCAAUACUGGAGACCGUAACAAUCUUUCGCUGUGGGAGGGAGCCGACCGAUUGAUCGGCAACGUCACGACUUACAACCCCAACACAAUUAUCGUCCUUCACACCGUAGGACCGGUCAAUGUCUCUUCGUGGUACGACAACGAAAACGUCACCGCCAUCAUCUGGGCUGGUCUGCCAGGACAAGAAAGCGGAAAUGCCAUUGUUGAUGUCCUUUACGGAUUCGUCAAUCCUGGAGGCAAGCUACCAUUCACCAUUGCGCGCAACCGGGAUGACUUUGGAACCGAUGUCAUCUAUGAGCCGAACAACGGUCAGUUCGACGCUCCACAAGAUUACUUCUCCGAGGGCGUCUUCCUCGACUAUCGCUGGCUUGAUCAAAACGGAAUUGAUCCCAUCUACGAAUUCGGCUUUGGUCUCAGCUAUACCACCUUCGAGUAUUCCAACCUUGUCAUCAUACCAGGAAAUCCAGCACCGUACACUCCGGCCAGCGGAUCAACCGGCCCAGCUCCAGUGCUCAGUAACUCAAGCAGCGACGCCUCGCUCUACGUCUUCCCCAACGGAACCAUUCCGUAUCGACCGUACCUCUUCAUCUAUCCCUACCUCAACUCCACCGAUCUGGAAGCUUCUGCCGAUGAUCCUGAUUACGGUCUAUCUGCUGAUCAAUAUAUUCCCGCCGGUGCCAGUGAUGGUUCCCCACAGCCUGUUCUUCCCGCAGGCGGUGCGCCAGGAGGCAACCCGUUACUAUAUGAGAUCGUCGCCACCGUGUCUGCAACAAUUACCAACACCGGAUCUGUUGCAGGUGAUGAAGUGGUGCAGCUUUAUCUUGGCCUCGGCGACGGCGAACCACCAAAAGUCCUCCGUGGGUUUGACCGCUUGACCAUCGCUCCAGGAGCUUCUGCAACCUUCACCGCAGACCUCACCCGCCGGGACGUUUCGGUCUGGGAUACGACCUUUCAGAACUGGGUGGAAGUGUCAAACCCGACCGUCUACGUCGGCGCCUCGAGCAGGAACCUGCCGCUCUCGGGCUCGCUCACCAGCGGUGGCUCAGGGAGUGGUGCACCGCCACCACCGCCUCCUCAAUAUAGUUCCAGCUAUGGAGGCUAUCCUCAUCCCUCUGCAUCAGCAAGUGGUGCUCCACCUCCGCCUGUCGUCAGUCAGAGCCCUGACGGUCAGCCUAUUUGGCCCACUGGCGCCCCCGUCAGCCAGAUCUCAGAUGGCCAACCUCAGUGGAACACUGCCAAGCCGCAGUCGACGACGACCUGGUCGUGA